CUCAGGAAAGCGCCGCCUGCCUUCCCAGAACGAACAGAGCAGCGGACCGGGCUCUGACGGUGACCGAACCAAACGCACUCCGAGCGAGAGCGGAGCCGCGAGCCACCAGGAGGCGUUCAGUGGGUUCGGAUCUGCUGCGCGAGGACUGGACGAGGUUCUGGUGACGAGGAGCAGAACUCGAGCACCGAGCCAGGAGGACAGUCCGUGGCUCUUAGCGCUGUUGCUGUUUCGGAAGAAAAGUUGUUUAUGUCCACCGGACGCAGGCUGAGGACAUUCACUGUCGGACGGACUGCUAGUCAAGAACAUUCUGACUCGAGCCAAAUUGAAAGAGUUGGAGAGCCGAGUGAGGCCCUGGAAUGAAAGCUCCCGGCCAUCCUGUCUCCCCCAGACCUCCAGGAGGAGCACGCUGGGCGACACACUGAGUGUGCUGUUUGUCUGAUGCGGUCAGGCUGCCAUGGCUCUGGUCCAGGCACUUCCUGUGAGUGACCAUCCCAAUCCAGGUCUUGACCUCCACCAGUGCCAGCCACUGUCACCCCACUCCCCCUCGGAUCCCUGCUCCGGUCCUUGUGGGGCCUGCAGCUCCGACAAAGCCAUGGGUUCAGUGAGCAGUCUCAUAUCAGGCAGGACGUAUCAAGAGAGGCACUGCAGGGCUGGCAGCGAAUUCACCAACAAACCACGUCGCUCCACGCCGGCCACCAGCUGCUUCCGGCUGCAGGACAAAACCCUCCGCAGUGGGAGCUCCCUGGAGCAGCUGCUGGUCAACAGCAACCAUACACAGCCUCAGGCCCAGGUUCUCCCUCCGCCGCUGCCCACCAAAAAGCAGCCACGACCUGGAAACUCUGCCGGCGCAGGUGGGGGUGGAAUGGCUGCUGGAGCAGCCGAGGGUGGAACUAAUGCAAACUUUAGAUAUGUAAGCGAAGAGGCGGUUGUUGGAGACUGGAACGACAACCUGGUGCUGACCGUCGCCAGUCCCUGCAGCGACCUGGAGGACCAAAAGGACAACGGGACUGUGAACGGCAACAUCGGUGGGCCUCCUCCCAAACUCGUCCCGGUGUCUGGACAGUUAGAGAAGAACAUGGAGAAAGUCUUGAUUCGUCCCACGGCUUUCAAACCUGUCAUCCCCAAGAACCGUCACUCGGUACAGUACCUGUCUCCACGGCCAGUAGGCAGCAGUCUGUCCGAGAGCCAGGCCAGCCUAAACCUCCUGUUGCCCCUCGCCGCCCCCAACAGCACGAGCAGCACAAACAGCAACCUUGGCAGCUCCAGUUCUGAGGGGAAAACCAAUUCGUGCGGAGGCCGAAACGCUCGCAGCAGCCAGUCCUGCUCCAUGUCCGACUCAGGGAGAAACUCCCUCUCCAGCCUCCCCACCCACAGCAGCACAGGCUACAGUUUGGCCCCCAGCGAAGGAUCCAGCUCAGGGUCUGGUUCCGGGGGCUCGGUGGAACCGGUGUCGGCUCUGGUUCGCAACACUUCAGGAGGAAGUGGCGGCCACGGUCACAGCAAUUCGGACAGCGGACGCUCCUCCUUCAGCAAAAGCACAGGCUCGGGGUCGCUGAGUGGGCGCGGGCAGCCCCUCUCUGACAGCGGGUCCUGUGGGCACUCGCCACCGCCUGUGGAGGGGUACGAAGUGGUGGUGAAGGAGCUGGAAGAGAAGCUGAGGGAGCGAGACCUGGAGCUCCAACAGCUCCGGGAAAACCUGGAUGAGAACGAGGCGGCCAUCUGCCAGGUGUAUGAAGAGAAGCAGCGACGGUGUGAAAGAGAGAUGGCGGAGUUGAGACAGAGCUGUGCAGUCAAGAUGAAACAGACGUCUCAGAAAGCUCAGAGAGCACAGCAGGUGCUGCAGUUGCAGGUUUUCCAGCUACAGCAGGAAAAAAAGAAGCUGCAGGAGGAUUUCUCAUCCCUCUUGCAGGACAGAGAAACACUAGAGAGAAAGUGUGCCAACAUCCAGAGGGAGCAGACGCAGCUGGGGCCCCGACUGGAGGAGACGAAGUGGGAGGUUUGUCAGAAGUCAGGAGAGAUCUCACUUCUGAAGCAGCAGCUGAAAGAAAUCCAGUCUGAGCUCAGCCAGAAAGCGGGUGACAUCGUCGUUCUCAAGGCCCAGCUCAGGGAAGCUCGCUCUGAGCUGCAGGCGAGCCAGGGCCGAACCCAAGAGGCCCAGACGGCCCUGCGGACGAGGUCCCUGGAGCUGGAGGUCUGCGAGAACGAACUCCAAAGACGCAAGAGCGAAGCUGAGCUGCUGCGGGAGAAGGUCAGCCGUCUGGAGGACGAGUCGGGCCGGAUCCGCGACACACUGUCCAAUCACAGCGGAAACGCGCCCAAGAAGGGGCUCGGCAUGAGCCUGUCGUUUCAACAGGGAAGAGUUGUGAUGGGAAGGGGAGGUCCCAGUCCCUGCAUGUACCGUGAUGGAGAGGACGGUUACCUGGUGUGGGGCGGAGAGAGCGACGAAGUCAAGGCUCAGAGGCAGAAUGCGGAAACACUAAUGGGACUCAGACAGCAGGUGGAUCGACUGAAAGCUGAGCUCAUGUAUGAGAGAAGAACUGGCGAGGAGCAGCGGUCGCGCUUUGAGGAAGAGAGGAGGGUCUGGCAUGAGGAGAAAGAGAAAGUAAUCCGCUACCAAAAGCAGCUGCAGCAGAACUACAUCCAGAUGUAUCGCCGCAACCGUGAUCUAGAGCGAGUGAUGAGGGAGCUGAGUCUGGAGCUGGAGAAUAGGGACAUGGAGGACUACGAGGUCCGCAGCGGCAGCAACGACAUCCACUUUGAGGAAAUCACUGCCACUGAGAUCUAGACACACACACACGCACGCACGCACGCAAUCCAGUAAAAUGUGCACACACAACAUGGAGAAAACUCACUCAAGUUCCUGAAGAUGCAAACCAAACACUGAACUGUGGACCAAAUGCUGUACUAGCUUCAAUGUGGUGUUACAUGGAGCACAGACCAAGCUCUGAACACUGUUAAAAAGGGAACAUCUCCCAAAGGUGCAUUUGUUAGUCCGUGUUAACACAGAUGCGCCCCACUAAUUCAUCGUCUGGCAUCUCCUGCAGUGUUUCUAUUAGGUUUUUACCUCCAUAAAGCCAGCACAAAGACUGCAUUCUUUCUGAGACCAAAAGCAUUGAUGAGAUGGUGUCAUUCUCAGAAUAUCUUCAAAUCAGGGUAUUUCAAUUAAACAGGAACCUAAAGCAAAAAAUAUAUAUAUAUUAAAUAUUCCCUACAGAAAAAUCUCAUCAUCAUGCACUUAAGCUUCUUGGCUGCUUGCAAUAUAAAACACCUGGCCACCAGCAUGUACAGUAUAUGCAGGCGUCAACACAGCAGCUCAGUUAGCAGUGACCAAUCUGAACUUCGGCGCCGCAAAAAAGAAAAGAAAAAUAAAAACGUCACAGCAUUGACGGUUUAGAUUCCUCGUUUACCACCAAUCUGUAAAUAAGUUAGAAGACAUGUUGUAAUCCAGGCAUUUUUGGCAGGAGUUUGUGUUAUUGCAGCACAUGUGUGGUGACCUGUGUUUCAGAGAGAAACAACAUAAUAACUCAUCUCUGCUUAGCUCACCAAGAGAAACAAUGGCAUGAUUUUAGCCAAGAUUUCCAGUUCUCUUUUGUCUGGGAUUAUUCUGUUUCCUUCAGAGGAAAAUCAGAAAAGUGAUACCAACUAAGCUCAACUUAACUUUGAUGUUUGAGCUCAUAGUUUAUUUACUUGUGGACAUCUCAUUCUGUUGCUUCUCACCAAGACUCCAGGAUCCAAUAAAAGCUAGUUUUUCACUUUGAACUCAUGUUUUUUUAGUCAUACUGUGCCUCAUAAAACUGGUUCAGACGAUGUAGCGAGCCCGUAUUUAGCUUGGGGGAAGAGGUGAAGUAUGGCAGAUAUCAGCGGGGUUUAUAAAGAUUUCUCUUUUUUCUUUGUUUUUCUCCCAGUUCCAACUUUCUGCUUCAUUGUUAGCUAUUUUUUAUCUCUCUCAGCUAUUAGCACCAGGGUGAAACCAUAUCCAAAGCAGUAUUGAAAGUGCAGGAUAGCAAUCUUGUGGGGCAACAAAGAUUUAUUGCAUGCCUGUAGUUUCUGUUUUGGAUUUAUUUCCUUCCUGUGUGACUCCCACAGUGCAGGUCAAGAGUUUACACACACUCAUUAUCGGUAUGAAUGUCACGCUAAUUUAGUUCUUUUCAUGAGUAUUCAUUUAAACCAUUCUCUUUUUCAGGAUUAAAUAGUUUAAACAAAAACAAUGCAUUAGGAAACACUAUAAUAACUGGUUCUGCAAACUGGAAUUAAAUUCAUGUUUUCUUCAAUCUGCACAGGUUCAAAGUUAUACAUAAACAUUCAAAUAUGUAUAAACUUCCCUACCAAUAUUUAGAUAAAUGUCCCUUAACAAGCUCCACUUUACUCCAUUGUGUUUUUUUGUAACAAGCUUCUGGCAUAAUUCUGAUUAGAGAUACGAUCACUGUCGAUGUAGUUAGCAGAGUUUAUUUAAUUUGGAAUGUGUCCUCACAUAUCAGCUUUUAAAGCCUAAUGCUUUCACUUCCUAUAGAGUUGUGGUCUGGGCUUUAUUGUUUUUCUACUUUUUAUUAUUCCUUAACCAGUUUUCUACUACUAAUUGUCGUAGUGACCAAUAAUUAGAACGGUGAUUGAUAACUUAAUAGCUGCCAAUAACUCAACACAUUUUGUUUUCGCUUCUAAAUGUAAUCAAGGCAUUAAUAUUGUUCCAAUAUUUUAGAAUAAUAAAUUGUUCUAAAAUUGUCUUUGAUUAUUGAAUUUUAGGAAAUUAUUUUCAAAAUAUACUAAUAAUAUGCAUAAUAUAUGAAUAAAAGGGCUGUAUUUCUUAUGAAUAUUACUCAUUAGAUGGCUUAAUAGUCGCAUGCAGCUCUCUUACCUCAUCAAGGACAUGAGAUUCUAUUUGAGGAUUAUCUAUUAAAAAAUCUUUUGGUAGGAUAUUAUUGGCUUAGAUAUGUAGAUUUAUAUAUUGAUGUAUGAAGGAAUAUUAAAUUAAUUACUGUGAAAUGCAUGUAGAUCUCUUAUUGAAAUGCACUAAAUCUCAAAAGAUGUAAACAAUGUGAACUGUGUAGAUCUUAUUUACAUACACUCCUGAUGAGUGUAUGUAAACUUCUUACAGUUUCCAACAUAAUAACUAUGUUGUUGGCAAAAUAUUAUCUUUUGGCUUUUUUACAUUUUGAAAACAUUACAUUAUUUGCUCAUCUUGAGGAACGUUUUAUGGUAAAACGCGACAAAGGCUGAGCUGCUUGACCGCAAUCACAAAAGGCGUGAAUUGAAUUUCCAGUGUUUGUGCUUCAACAGGACAUUGAUCCGAAACUUAAAUCAAAACUGAUUUAGAACAUUUCAACUUUUUGCACCCCUAACUAAAAUCAUCCCACCACCAAAAUAAUGUUUUCAAUGAAUCAUUGACACAGUAAAACUUUCAUGCUCCUGAUGAGUGUAUGUAAACUUCAGCACUGUUUUAGUUGCCUAGAUAUCAUUACUAGCGAAGCCAAAAAAAAAAAAAAACAUGUUUAAAAGUUGUCUGUGUUCCUGGUAUUUGGCCUAAUUAUUUUCAUUGAAUGCUGAAGGAGAUGGAAGCGCCGUGUUUGCAUGUCUUUGUUUGCAGGACCUUUUGGAAGAAGCCAGUUCAGGUGAAGUGAGUUUGCAGAGGCGUUUUGCUCCUGCAGGCUUUUCAUGGAGUGUGGAAUCAUUUUCUCAGUAAAUGCAGGGCUGUGUGUGACACUGAGCAUAGAGAUAGAUAUAGGGCUGCUGAGAACUUUAUUUUGUAAAGAGUCUUUAUUAAGGAAUAAUAUAGUAUUGAUACACGGGAAUCUAUAUAAUGGAGGAAAAGUUGUAUAUUUUUUAUAUAUAUGUAGCACCUGACUACAUUUUGCUGUAAUACUGGUGUGGAUUGAUGUCGAUCAUGUACCAAUGUUUCAGUUGAUGAGUUACAAACGGGAGCAUCUGCAGAGAGAACGCGUGCACCUAAUACUGUAAUGCAUGACAAGUUAAUGUUUACAUUAUAUAAUCUGUGUUGAAAAAUCUUGCAUUCUGAUGAGCAAGCUUGCUAAAAAGCAGGAUGUGAAACCGAAGGGUGUCUCCUUUUUAUGCGUCCUGCUCAUCUUUGCCUUUUUUUCCCCCCGCUUCUCUGAGCUGUUCUUAAGUUGAUUUCCAGUGUCAUACUAGUCAUGACCUCUUGCGUUUUGUCACGCCAAUUGCUUAGAAGACAAAUGAGAUUGUUUGUUAUUUUGAGGGACAUCUUUAUCAACGUGAGAUGGGCUGAUGCAAGCCUAGAAAGUUUUAUUUUACAGUGAUAUUUCAGUAUGCUGCACGUUAUCACCACUUUCAUUGGGGAUCGUGAAACAGUCUCAAGCAUUAAGCUCUGUGUAUACAUUCCUAUGGGAAGUAGCUCAGUUCUGCCACGUUCACUGUAACUAGACGUAGACUGUUAAUCAGCACAUCUGCAAAGCAACAAGCACAGGAUGCUUCUGACUCACACACUUAAACAUUUUCUCAUAUCUCAGCUUCAAAGUAACACGACUAUCUUCUGUGUAAAUAUGUAAAACAUUAAACAGUAUAACAGAGUCUCAAUGUCUUUUAUUUACACAAAAUAUCUAUUUCCAAUGUAGCCACUGUGACUAGACCAAAGCAACGUAACAUUUCUGGGGGAUUUUUUGGUGUUUUUACAUUUUUGUGGCAUUUUUCAUCCCUUUGUGAGCAUUCUUUUUGUAUUUUUACUUUCUGUGUUGUCAUUAAUUCAAUAAAGUGUCUAGCUGUUUGUGUAUAUUUUUAUGUGUACAAUACAUGUACAAAUUACAGUGUUUUUAAUUAAAGAGCAAGUGGUCACGACGCAAAAAUGACUGGAGUAAUUGUUUCUGUUACGCA